AUGGUUCAAUACCGCGACAACGAAGAAGAUCCCGCUUCUGAAACCCUUCCUCUCGUGGAUGAAGAGUCGGAAAUCGGCGCCCAAAGUCCACAAUUGCACAUCCAAUCCACCCCGGAAUCACCCUCCACGACUGCGCUCCCCAUCCCUGUGUGGCUGCGAGAAUCCGCCAGUUCCUUCAGAUACAAAUGGGUACCCUUGCCUCUCCGAAAAGCAGGCAGGGCAGUCGCAAUCUGGGUCAAGGGGCCAGUUCCUCCUCGAGUCCUGAAGAUAGAGCCUAUAUACCCCAAGAUCCAACAGGCACCUAUUAGGCUUUUGGACAAAUACGUUCCCAAGAAGAAGCAGCGGGUCAUUCUCCUCGUGGCACUAUACAUCUGCUGGUUUCUGACCUGGUCGCUCAUGCUCAAGAAUCACUCUACAUCCGGGUUCAUCAAGGGAUACGGCAAGCCCAGCAAUCUGUGGUGCGGCGCCAGUUUCUGGAACGAAGGCAAUGGAUGCGGAUUGAACGGGAACAUGUGUCGACCUUUCUCUUCGGCACAUUUGACCUUCCGAUGUCCUGCGAAUUGCAAAGGCACUCAUUUGCUAGAAGAACACAUGGUUGGCAAUCAAUCUCUGCGGUAUCAAGGGCUGGUCGUCGGCGGGCCCAAACCCGACGAGCCUGACUCAAUGCCUGUCUAUCGAGCAGAUAGUUUCAUCUGUCAGGCGGCCAUUCAUGCCGGCAUCGUUACGGAAGCCAAUGGCGGUUGCGGCGUCGCCACGCUCAUCGGGUCUCACACACACUUCCCAUCCAGCCAGGCCAAUGGAAUUGAAAGUACGAGCUUCCCCGGCACAUUCCCUCGAUCGUUCACCUUUCAACGCCUCUCGCCCACUCAAGCGACAUGUCCGACGGAUUCGCGAUGGCCUCUUUUCGUGGUCACGGCCGUCGCACUCGUGGUCCUAUCCAUCUUCACGACAUCGCCCGCUGUCUUCUUCUUCAGCACCUUUGUGAUCAUGUUCUUCCACGUCGGCCUGGUCUCGGAUCCACCCAACACCGCCAACUUUUACGAAGCAGUCAGUAAGUUGGUGGAACGUCUCCUUCCCGCGUCAUUCAUCGCAGUCAUCCUCUAUCGCAUCUCCGCUCUUCCACUGCUCCGCGGCCUGACUGCACAAAUCGAGAAGACGGUCCUGUAUUUGGGAUUCUGCUUCAUCGGCGCGUUGAACAACUAUACAUUCGCUCCCCUCAUACCCAUAGAACGGCUCACGCCACGCGACAUGGCACAACCGGGCGCACCCUUCGCUCUUGCCCUCAUUGUCACCAUCAUCCUCGUCAUCGUCAUCUCCCAGAUCCAUUUCAUUCGCAUCUCGGGCAACAUGCCGAAAUACCUCGCCAUCUACGGGGCCAUGGCUCUCGCAUUGGUCAUCCUCCUUGUGCUACCCAACCUCCGACUGCGGAUCCAUCAUUACAUUUUAGCGAUGCUGUUCAUGCCAGGAACAUUCACCCAGACGCGGGCCUGCCUUGCCUACCAGGGGUUAUUGCUGGGACUAUUCAUCAACGGCAUCGCGCGCUGGGGGUUUGCGUCUAUAAUUCAAACGCCCGCGGCGCUGGGCGAAGCGAAUUCGGGCGGUGGCAGCGGCUCCCCGGGGUCGUGGUGGGGCGCGAAAUCGCCCAACGUGACGGCCCUUGUUGCACCAGACAUCUCCAAUAUCACAUUCAACUGGGGGCCCCUGCCGCGGGACAGUGGGGUGGAUGGCGUGAGCAUCCUGAUCAACGACGUCGAACGCUGGCGCGGGUACACGGACGAAGAACUCUUCUGGGACCAAGAGGGGGUAAUGUUGAAGAGACGGCGGGAAAGAGGUGACACGGACGAUUCCCUGGAACCCGAGUUCUUCAGGUUCGCGUGGAUGAGCGGAUCCCAGACGGGGCUUUACUCACGCGUGGGGUUGUGGGAUGAACAUGGCCAGUGGCAUGCGCCGGACGAGGGGACGACAAAGAACAUGGGGAUUGGGGGAGAAGACGACGAAGUAAAGAAUUACGGAGGUAUGUUUGAUGUUGUCGACGAGGCUGAGGAAGAAGAGCGCCAGGAGGUCGACGUGGGAGAGUUAUAG